AUGAGCUGGAAUGAUAAUCUGACCGACUUUGUAUGCGGCAAGCUGGGUUAUUUUGGUGGCACCAACUUCACGUUCAUCAGCGACAGUAAGCGGUUGGAAGGAUAUUGCAUGUACCGGGUAAAGGAAAAGAGUCGACUAGCAUUCGAGUUGAUCGAUUCAACGCAAUGCAACCAAAGGAUUCUUAAACUUCAAUGCCAAGAGUAUCAUUGUGGUCGCAAAGUCAAUAAAUCCACGAUUGAUGAGCGUUACGAAGACAGACGCAUUUCCGGUCACACCAGUUGUGCUAGUUUGGCGCUUGCCUUCAACAACAAUCCGGCCAUCAAGUGUGCGGUCAAUAUCGUAUCCCCGCGCUGGGCCCUCACUAGUUACACCUGCAUCAAGGGCAAGGCGGAGUUUGCAGAUGAAAUAAAAUGGAAGCUGUUUGCUGGACUGAUUAAGUUUACCACAUCAGAAGAACAGCUAACAACACCGCAUAUCGAAGAAGCGCCACAGAUUGUGAAUAUUAAGCGAGUCGUACCUUAUCCUCGGAACAAUCAGCCAAUGUACUCCGAUGAUGCGGUACUGCUAGAGCUGGCCACUCCUCUGCAGUUCAACGAUGUCAUCGGCAGUGUGUGUCUCACGGAGACACCAUCUACCAUCGAUCCAACGCAACGGUGCCUUACCACUGGAUGGCAAACCGAUUUCGAGGAUACGGCUAUAACGGAGCAGUAUUUGAUGAAUGUAUCCGCGGGGAACACUCACUCAGGGCGUUGCAACUCCUACAACAGAGAGCUUCCUGACAACACCAUCUGUGUAGAGCCUCUGACCAAAGCCACUUGCUAUAACGAUACAGGUGCACCCCUGAUGUGCUACGUCGCCGGUACUGGCCAGUGGCAACUGCAAGGUGUUCUCAGCAAUCAUGGCAACUGUGAUAAGCGUCGAGCUAUCUACAAUUCUAUUAACCCCGCCAUUGCCACCUGGAUCCGUAAUACGGUCGGUAAUGGCCGUAUGUUCGAACAGGUGAACUAGAAUGAUAAUAAUAUCGACAAUAGACCAUUAUAAGAGCACAAUCCAACCCACCGACUCGUCCAGACGUUUAUU